AUGCUUGGGAAACCCUUUAGUGAGAAAUCGGAUCUUAGUAGUAGUGUCAGUGAGGACGCCAUAAAAAUCUCACCUCACCUCCAAAACGAGGAACUUCACGUGGGAGAGAAAGUCAGUGGCCAUGAGAACUGUGGGGAAACCCUUCCUGGAAAGCCAUGCCUUACUCAGAACCGGAGAACUUGCACAGCAGAAAAACCCAAGCGGGCAGACAGCCAAACAGCCUUAAAGACCUCACAUCCCAUCCUACAUCCGAGAAGCAGCAAAGGGGAUGCGUGUGGGAAGUCUCCGCCCACAUCCAGCAAGGAAUCAAGAAGCACUCAGCGCGGGAGACUGUCCUUGGAGGAGAAACCGGACCUUGAGGGAAAUGAGAAGUCGGACCGUAGUGAAAACCAGAGCCUUUGCAAAGAACAGAAAGGCCACGAGGGCCGCCAGUGUGAGGAAGGCUGCCCCGAGACUGCAGGCUUUCCUCAACACCAGAAGAGCUCACACACAGAGAAAAAACCCUUCGCAUGCAACGAAUACAACAAGUCCUUCCUGGUGAAGUCAAACCUCACCGAACACCAGAGAACUCACACGGGAGAGAAACCCUAUGAAUGUAAAGAGUGUUUAAAGUCAUUUUGCCAAAAAUACGCCCUCACGGUACACCAGAGAACUCACACGAAACCGUACAAGUGCAACGAAUGUGGGAAAACCUUCUGCAUGAAAUCCAACCUUACCCAACACCAAAGGACUCACACGGGGGAGAAGCCGUACAAGUGCAGCCAAUGCUGGAGGUCGUUCUGUGUCAAGUCCAACCUCGUCGUGCACCAGAGGACUCACACUGGAGAGAAGCCAUACAGAUGUCUCAAGUGUGGGAAGACCUUCUAUGAGAAAUCCGCCCUCACGAAACACCGGCGGAUUCACACGGGGGAGAAACCUUACGAAUGCGAGGAAUGCAAAAAAAGUUUCAGCCAGAGGUCGGCCCUUACCAAGCACCAAAGAAAAACGCACAAGAAGAAAACACCCACCGGCAGCCUGCACGGGCAGAAAUCUGAAUCAGCCAGCGAAGCUCACUGA